AUGGCCCCCUGGCCCCCAAAGACCCUCCAUCAGGGGGAGGCAGGCACUUGUGGGUUUUGGGGACCCCCACGUGACCUCUCGCAGCGGCGAACCUGCUCCGCGGCCUCUGUGCUCUCGGGGACGAGGUACCUGGCCCCUGCCCCCCGCCCGCCUCCCGGCCUGCCUUAUGUGUAUCCACUUGGCCUGCGGGGAGACGGUGGGGGCAGGAAUGGGGCCAUCCAAUCACUGGAGGCCUGGCUGGUGGCCAGAUACCAGAGGACAGUGGCCGGACCCCACGCUGACGGCCAGGAGGAUGGUGGGGAUGGGAGAAGGGGUGUGGAGACCCUUUUCCCAAGUAAGGUCACGUUCACAGGCCCCACCCGGGUGGACACGUCUUUUGGCGGGCACCGUUUCAGCUCCCCAGUGGUUAUGUUUGAGGUGUCCACACACCCUUGGAUUGGGAAACUGGGGCACAGAGACGGCAAGCUCUUGCCUAGAGCCAGCCGCCGAGGAGCAGGCCUCCUGCACCUGCUGGGUGUGGACUCUGGGCCCGCAGGAGAGGGCACAAGCGUCUUUUGCUGCCGCCUCCAGAGGCUGUGGGUGGAGGGGAGGGCAGAAGUCAAGAGGGUGAUGAUCCUGGCACGGGGGCGCCGUGGCUGGUGCCCUCGCCUGUGCCGGGCUCUACAAGCCAGACAGGUGGGGGAGGAGACGGAGGUGGAGAAAGACGAUGGGGGGCAGGGGCCUCCAGAUGGGUGGCAGUGGCGGCUGGCUUUUCUGUGGGUGUCUGGCUGGUGA